CUUUUAAACAACUUCCUUGGUAAACAAAGCGGUUGUUUCAACACCUGUAAACAAAAAAUUUCGAAAUGCAUGUAACAAUUCUAGAAAAACUAUGUCAAAACUAAGUUGCAGGCCUUGGUGAGGGAUGUAUAGUAUAUAUUAGAAGAUGUGCAACGACGAAAAUCGAUCAAAUGUGCUUUGUGGUAUUUGCAUCAUAAUAAUUUUAUUAGGAUUAGGUAUAACCCUGAUUAUUCUUGGAGGGACAUUAGAUAUCAUCGAUUUGAUCAUUUUGGGGGGUAUUUUUCUUGGUUUUGGUGCAAUUUUAUCCUCUUGCAUAAUUGUUCUUAUAGUAAGACCUCUUUACAACAAUAGAAAAAUUGGGUAUUCAGCAACCGACCUAAAACAAAAUGGCAUAAAUCGACAAGAAAGCGCUGCAUUCAGUCAGCAUGGAGGUAGUGUUUUAAUUCACGAUGCGUACGCAGGCAGUGCUGAUCGUCAGACUGUAUCCAGUGUUAUGCUUGUUAUGAGACCAGGUACAACAGACUCAAGACGAUCAGAUAUGUUUCAGGCUAGAACUAGACAACAUAGUGGAGCAAGUAGUCAAGCAUCAUUUGUAACAGCCCCUGAUCAGAACAGAGAUUCUCUAGUAUCUGUUGAUGUCGAAAAGGCAAAAUCGUCUGACGAUGAAAUUUCAACAGAAGCAGCAUCUAAGACAAUGAAACAUAAGGUAGCUUUCGAAGAAGAAAAUAGUUAUGUGACUGAGUUUUAAUUUAGCAUCAUUUGAUAUUAUUUUGAUUUAGCAUGUUGACAUAUUUUUAAUACUCUUUUAUAUAUUUGUACAUCGUUGCAGCCUGAUUGUUGUAUAUUUUAAAUGAUUUUGCACUCAUGUUGUAUUU